AUGUCAGUCGAAGCAAAAACAUUCACUAACAAAUAUAAUGGCGAAACAUUCACAAAAGGCACUUAUAACGGUAUUGAAGUCUUACGUAGAGACAAGGAUGGUUAUAUAAAUGCAACAAAUAUGUGUCAGCAGUUUAGGAAAGACUUUAGAAAGUUGUUGGAAAAUAAGUCCUGGGAAGAGUAUUAUAAGGCAUUUUGUGAAGAAUAUAGCAACCGUCUGAAUUCCGGCGGUUGCUUUUUAUACAAAAUUCAUGCAGGAAUUCCUGAUGAAAUCAAACAGGUUAGAGGAACGUAUGUAGACGCAAGACUUAUAAACUAUAUAGCAAUGUGGGCUUCUCCAAAAUAUUGCAUAGCAGUUGGAAAAAUUAUGGAUUCCAUAGACAAGAAAGUUCAUGAGAAGUUAGAUGAAGAAGAACUCGAAGAUACAGUAGAGAAUGCAAAACAUUUGUUUGAAGAAGAA